AUGAACAACAAAAGAAUGAAUGAUGUAAUCCCUCUUCUUCUCCUCUUUGUUCUAACCAUAAUUUCACAAGGCCAUGCGCAUUACUCCUUAGGCAAAGAGAAGAUAACACACCUCCACUUCUUCUACCAAGAAAACCUCAACGGAGACCACCCUACUGCAGUGUUGGUUGCCAAGCCCAAAGACACCGUAGUCAAUGCCUCUAAUCUUGCACCAUUUGGGGUAGUUUAUGUCCUUGAUACACCUUUGACUGAAGGACAAGACCCAAACUCAAAGGUGGUAGGACAAGUACAAGGACUUUCGGUGUCUGCAGGGCAGGACAAGACCAUGCUUGUGUUCAUGGCGGACUUUGAGUUUACUUCCUGUGAGUUCAAUGGUAGUUCUAUUAGUGUAUUGUCAAGAAACCCAAUAUUGGAAACAGAUAGGGAACUUGCUAUUGUUGGUGGCCGUGGGAAGUUUAGGAUGGCACGUGGAUUUGCUAAUCUACAUACAAAUUAUAUGAAUGCUACUUCAAGUGUUGUUAUUGUUGAAUAUAAUGUUACUAUUUUUCACUAUGAAUAA